AUGGGACAGAAUCUAGACAAAGUGGAAGGAGGAGGUUUCAGUGAAGGAUCGGAGGAGACGAAGCCCAGCCAUGACUCUGAAUGUGUGGGCAGUCAUGCAGGUGAUGUCAUAGAGGGAGAAACAUUAUGUGAAGACGAGGGCAGUAACACCGGGGUAAAGCCAGAGUUUCAGGAUCAGGAGCCAACAACACCUUCUAGUAAGGAGCACAUGAAUGUGUGGGAGAGUUCUGCUGCUGCAAGAGAGGUGAGACAGGGAGGGGUUGCAGGAAAGGAGGAAGGAGGAGGAGGAGGGAGGACUGCUCCACUGGUCCCACAUGAGACGGACAAGGACUGCAAGAGCAGUUUGAAAACUGUGGAAAGUGCAAGAGCUCGUAAGCGGUUCAGUCAGAUCAAGAGUGAGAAAAAGAUCACGAUGGAGUAUCCGGCAGAGGACACCUUACCACAUGAGGAGAACCAAGGUGAAAACCCAGAGGACGCAAGCUCUUUUCACAUCUCUGAACGGGGAUCUAUGAUGCAGACGAGCAGCAGAUGUGGAGCUCAUGCAGGAAGUGAGUCUCUGCACUUUCAGGAUCUGAAUGAAACCAUGAUGCAUAAAGUUGAGAAUGAGGAUAUUAAGAUUUGCGCGGGAACAGUGGGCCGCUUGAGUGAGGGGAAAGAACCGCCCCCACCUCAACCCCAGCAUCCUUUGAAAAACAGCCUUCAGAGAGCGCCUUUAUCAGACGUGAGUGAUACCAUUCACUGUAGACCUUCAAAGGAGAGCGCAGAAAAUAAAACAAAACAUGAAGCUGCCACCGAUGACCAAAGAGAGUUGGCAAGGGCUUAUUCACAAGUGGAUACAGCUGACAUGAAUCCAGUUUCCACUGAACCCAGCUCUAUUUUGGAGAAGCUGCUUAAGAGGAAUAAAAAGGAGGCAACACCAUCCCUUUCUAAAAUAAAAGAAGUUCAUACUGACUGCAAGGACACCUCAGAUGUUCCUGUAGAUGUAAGUGCAAAGGAGGUCCUUGACAGUUCAGCAUUAGCAUCACCUGGUGAUUGGAUUGAUCUUUCAGAAAGUGAUAUAAAGGGGAUUUUGUCCUCCUCUGCAGAUGGGAUACACAAUAAGCAUAAAGCAGAGUAUGCAACAAAAGAUUACACCAGUAAAGACCUGGAUGUGAAACAAGCAGUCUCUACUCACAGUGCAGCUUCAGAUUUGCUUUGUUUUGAGAGCUCAUGCCCAAAAUCACGUGAUUUCAGAGCUGAAGACAUAGACUCAACUGAUGCUUCAAACAAGCAGGAUGUGAAGAUAAAGGCAGAUAUAGGCCUCUCUGAAGGUGUAGGCUUGGAUGAUUUACAAUCAGCUGUUUCACAUGAAAAAAGUGAAGUGAGCGGCAAGGAAUCUGCACCUUCCUCUCUGUCUCCACCUACAAAGAAUGAUGGGCAAAAGACAGACACCAGUACUCUGAGACCUCCUCUGAAGAUAAGAGGUGAUGCUGAGAGCAAAAGCAACCCACAGUUAUCUGACUCUGAAAAGGCAGAUAGUCAGUCGGUCAGGAGAAACGAGUCCCUGAAGAAAACUGUUGCACUAGCUGCAGAUGCUGGCUCAGCCUCGAGUUCAGGUGUUAAGGUUACCUCAGAGGAAAUCCACCAAGUGUCAGUCAGCAUGAGGAAGGAUGCUCAUAUGACGCUUAACACAGAAAACAAGAUUCCAGAAGAUACUGCUAAAAAACCUGGCAAAGACGAUGAUGAUGACUCCAUCUCAGAGAGAAACAAGUCCCUGGGCACUCCCCGAUCAAGGCCCGUCUCUGAACUCAUAAAGGAGACAGUUCAGCUGCAUGAAAAGCUGCAGCACCAGGAGCGGCCAAAGCUAGCUGAACUCAAGUCGGAUGAGCAGAACCAGUCCGUGAAGGUGGCACAGAUGAAGGCGGCUUUUGAUUCUGCUCAGAAAACCCCCGAGAAGCCCAUCGAGAGGAAGCCAUCAAUGAGAAAAGCACACGGUCUUGAGAAGUGGAUAGCCUGUCUUCCUAUGGCUGGGCUGAGAGAGGAAGUGGGUCAGGAAGCAGAGGGAAACUGA